AUGGCUAAUAGCUCUUUCAAGUUGGAACAUCCACUGGAGAGGAGACAAAUCGAAGCUUCUCGCAUCAGGGAGAAGUACCCGGACAGAGUUCCAGUGAUUGUAGAAAAAGCUGAAAGAAGUGAUGUCCCGAAUAUCGACAAGAAGAAGUACCUUGUUCCGGCUGAUCUAACUGUGGGGCAGUUUGUGUAUGUUGUCCGGAAAAGAAUUAAGCUUAGCGCCGAAAAGGCUAUCUUUGUAUUUGUGAAGAACACAUUGCCCCCAACUGCUGCAAUGAUGUCUGCAAUCUAUGAAGAGAACAAAGACGAAGAUGGGUUUCUCUACAUGACUUACAGUGGAGAGAACACUUUUGGUUUGGUUUAA